AUGGUGCACUAAAUCACAUUAUCACUCGCCUGUUCCACGUCACCUUACGUACACAACGGAUUCUGUGUUGGCUCAAGACGGAUCAUCAUGUUCACGUGACCAGGUACAGACGGAUGAUAAUGCGGUGCGCCAAAUCCCGCUGUGUUUUUCCGGUCCGAGCCAGUCCGAAUGUGAACUUCCGGAACGAUCGGCUUCUGUCUGACGAACAUGGCUGCCUCGUGGGUGCUCAGGAGAUGGUGCUCAACCUCUGUAGGCAGAUCCACCUCUGUAGCAGAAGCAGGAGCAGCACCCAUCAAUGGCACCCGAUGGGAGAGGUUGAAAAAUAGCAAAUUGGGUGUGUGGUUUAGCGGCAUGUCCAGAGACUACAAGGAGGCGUGUCGUGAGAUUGUGGUGGGCGCGUGGGAGAGGCCAAUCAAAGCUUCCAUCUACCUGAGCCUUCUGGGUGGAGCCGGCACCUGCAUCUACACAAACCCCGACGACGCCUCCUUCGAGACCACCGUCCUGGAUACAGCCAAUCAGCUCGGGCUCCUGACGCCGUGGAUACGCAGUGGAACAUCGGAUGGGCACGUGCAGAAGCUGGCYAAGCUUCGUAACGAGGGAAGGUUACGUCACCUCAGCCUGGGAAUGGUCUCACUCACCUACUUCGCCGAUUACAACCCGGACGCCAGUCUUUACGAGGCCCAGUGCUCCAACCUCUCUAUCCCCUGGAGGGAGCUCCACACGCGGGUACUGGACGUUGGCUUCGCGGGUCGCUGGUGGAUCCUGGACCAUAAGAUGAAGGACUAUGAUGUGAACGACGAAGAGUUCAAGCACCUGCCGCCUGCUAUGGCCGCCACAGUGCCCCCUGGUGUCCAGGGGGUGGAGAAUAACGAGAGGCUGCACAAAGAGUCAUGGAUGCCUCUGAAGACGGAGGAGAAUGAGGAGYAGGAAAAMGCAUCGGCAGCUGUAGAGGAGGAGGGYGGCAUUGUAGAACAAAUAAAGAUGGACAGUUUAGAUCUUGUAGAAACAAUUAAAAUAAAGACAGGCAUUGUAGCUCAACCACAGGAGCUACCUGACCCAGAACCACAGGAGCUGACYCUGACAGAGACGGAGACACAGGAGUAGCAGACACAAGCUCAAGCAAAGGACUAAUGUGUCAUGGACCAAUGGACUCACACUGGCAGGACAAUGACUGCUGGACACAUAAUGAGAUGGCUGAACAAGAAUCUCUGAAUGGACAUAUUUAUUGGAUGACAAGAUGGUAUGAGAGAUGUGUAAAGUGUGUGAGUACCUUCUGCACUGUGUAAUGUGUUAUAUAGUGCCCAAGCCUAUUAACACUCUGGACUAUAGCUACACAUGACAUGAUGAUAAAGGGUCUCCUUUAUAAAAUAAAUUACUGUUAACAGUUUACUAAUGAUA